AGUAUCAGAUUUUGGGUUUCUAGGAAAAAAAAACUAUUAAUACGAUAAUACUAAUGGGCUGGGCAGAGUCAGUAAAUCUUACGUGGAACUCGAAAAUAGCGGAUGUUGUUUCCGUCCGCCUGGUUGUACUGAACGGACCUGCAGUACAGGAGCAGAUCUUCAGUACUAUUAGCUCUCAUCUAGAGAUAAAGCAAUAUACAAAUAUGUUUUAAGCGCAGUUUGGGGUUUAAUUACAGCGAUAGGCUGGAGUCGCAGAGACAUUGAUAAAUAUACAGCCCCGUGAUCUCAACUAGCAAGCCUGAAGAAGAAAAUAUGCCUAAUGCCACUACAAGACCAAAGAGGACGAGGCGUCAUAGACGAACCCAGAGAGAAGAUGCUGCGAGAAAUGAGCUGGUGUCUAGAUCAUUGGAAAGUGCUCAGCAGUGUCUGUUCAGUCAGGACUAUGGCACUGCUUUUGUUCACUAUCUUUUGGCUCUAAACCUUGCCCCAGCUCUAAGAGACUUUGCAAAUGAGUCCUUCAGAUUCACUCUGUUUAAAUGGGCUGAUGAGCUGGACUCUCUUGGACGCAUCCAGGACCUCUUUGAUUGCUAUGAACAAGCUAUGGAAUUGUUUCCAGUGGAUGAGGUUAUAGUGAACAGUAUGGGAGAGCAUCUCUUCAGAAUGGGAUUUCGGGAUGAGGCUGCUGGGCAUUUUUACAAAGCCCUUAAACUCCGACCAGACUUCCCAGAGGCGAAGGAGAACUUUUACCGUGUUGCAAACUGGUUGGUGGAACGUUGGCACUUCUUAAUGCUCAACGACCAUGGGCGGAACCACAAGUACCAGUUGGCUAUUAAGAAAGCUGUUGAGGGAGGAUGCAGCUCCGUUCUGGACAUCGGAACUGGCACCGGCAUCCUUGGAAUGUGUGCAAAGAUGGCAGGCGCUGCUGAGGUCUAUGCCUGUGAGCUGUCAAAGACAAUGUAUGAGCUGGCAUGCGAGGUGCUCUCAGCCAAUGGGAUGGCAGAUAGCAUCAAGAUUGUUCACUUGAAGUCUCUGGACAUGGAAAUUCCAAAAGACAUUCCAAAUAGAGUGUCUCUGGUUGUAACAGAGACAGUAGAUGCAGGGCUGUUUGGUGAGGGCAUCAUUGAGAGUCUGAUCCAUGCAUGGAAGCACCUACUGUUACCUCCACCUAACUUUCGAGAACCCCUGUCCAGUCCCUCACAAACGGGCCGGGUAAUACCUGCCAGCGCAACUGUGUUUGGAGUCGCUGUGCAGUGCCAUGAGAUCCGGAGACACCACAGGCUGAGUGUGUCUUCAUUGGGAGGCUUGGAUCUGUCUGUUGUAGGACAGAUAUAUAGUCCUGUUAGCUGUUUUGCUGAUACUGAGGACAGCACAGAGCCCUACACCACUGAAAGACUGAGCCGCCUGCGUGGAGGAUACAUUCAGCUCACACAGCCUUUCACAGCUUUGGACAUAGACUUCAAUAAUGUGCAGGAGCUGGAGGGUCUUUGCUCCAGAGAGGUGAUGCAGAUGCGGCUGUGUGUGACUCGGGAGGGCAUUCUUGAUGCUCUGGCAGUAUGGUUUCAGCUACACCUGGACCAGGACAACCACCUGUCCACUGGCCCACAGGAAGACACAUGCUGGGAGCAGGCCAUUUAUCCAGUGCAGACUCCAUUCAACACUGUGAAAUGUGGUGAUGAAAUACUGGUGGAAGUUUCCUGUAAGGACUCUUAUCUGAGGCUGUGCUGCAUUGCUAUCGUAAGAGACGGACACACAUUUCAAAUGGACAAUGCAACUAAAGGACCUUCCAAAAUCCUCAAUGCAAACCCUGAGUCAGAGCUGUGCAGUGCUCUGGCUGGCCUUCAAACCACCCAGGAGAAACCUUAUCGCGCUUUUAUGCUGGAGUCCUCAGAGAUCGCCCUCCUCAAUAACACGGCGUAUCAUAACAGCUUCCAGAAGGCCAUGAGCAAACUUUUGGUUUCUCUAAAGUCGACUCGGAGGUCACAGGAGUCAGACACAGAACUUGACCCAAUCUAUGUGCUUGAUGUCUCUGAGGGCUUUUCUGUGCUCUCCUUGAUGGCAGCCCAUUUAGACUCCGAUUCAAGUGAAGAUAAACAAAACAGCUCUAGAUUGGUUCAAGCCUACAGCUCAGUUGAGAAGGAACAUCACCAGACUAUGCUGAGACUGCUGGCCAAAGAAAAUGGUGUGCUUGAAAGUGCACUAGAGUUCUGGUUGAGUCAUGUAGAGGACGAUUCUUCAGUUCUUCAGCGGCCAUCCAUCGAGAAGCUCUGGAGCGCCAUCAUACUAGACUGCAUAGAGACUUGUGGCCUUAUUAGACAGAAACUGUUGGAGAAAGCAACGUUAGCUAGGUGCUUGUUGGAGGACGGUGGACAGAUUUUUCCAGAGCGCAUUGUGAUCCACGGUAUGCUUGUUGAGUCAGACACGCUGCUUCUGGAAAGCGCUGUUCAGGGAAGAGAGCCGACUCUUGGGUUCAACAUCGCUCCAUUCAUCAAUCAAUUCACAGUACCUGUUCAUAUGUUUCUGGACCUGUCCACCCUUGAAUGUACACAUCUUAGUGAACCAGUAGAACUCUUCGCACUAGACCUCAUGAACAACACUGCCAAUUACACCGACAAAGAAGUCAAAGUGCAGGUCAGCACCUCGGGCAAGGUGACUGCUAUUCCCUUCUGGUACCAGAUCCAUCUGGACUCUGACCAGAGCGUCAGCACCUUCAGUGAGGACUCUCACUGGAAGCAGGCGGCGGUGGUCCUCCAGCAACCCCUGGCGGUCAGCAGAGGAGAGUGGGUCCGCCUCAGCAUCCGGCUCCACAAGAGCAGCAUAUCCAUUACAGCUGUUAAACAGGAAUAGGGGGGCUGAUGAUGUCAUCACCAGGCAGGCAGAGCCUGUGACGUGAUCUCAUGAUGGGAGGGAUUCUGUACCGAUAUAUAGUUUAACAUACUCCUACAUCUACUGCUAAUGGGCAAUUAUUUAAUUGCUGUACGGUAAACAAAGUUAUUGUUUUUAGCAACAGAACACAUUUUACAUUAAAAUAAUUUCACCAUGA